CGACAGAUUAGUUCGGCUGGAUGAAUAAAUACUGGUUUAGGAAGUAUACCCAGUUCAUAUCCAUCCAGACACGACCGUGCUUUGAUGCAGUAAUUCGAGACGUAAAACAAUACAAGAUGCAGUCAGGUUCCGUAGUUUAUCUUGGGCUGGCAGUGGUGCUCCUUUGCAGCGGCACAUUUACCCAAGCAAGAUAUGCAGGGGAAAGAUCUGCUAUUGCCAGACUCUUGACUAGACUCCUGGACAGUGAGACGAGAGAGCUGCCAAGCCCGUCAAGAGAUGUAGAAGAUUCCUCUCUGUUGCAAAUACUUUCUGAUGUAUCUAAGAAGAACUGGCAAGAAGACUGCAGGAAAUACUGUGCAAUCCCAGAAAAUGCUGAGCCGUUUUAUUCAGAGGGUGCAUGUAGGCAAGCAAAUGACUGUUCAUAGGAACUACACCUUAGACCAGCUACGAUGAAGAGUGAAGAAUAUAUAAAUAAGCGAUAAUACAAAAACAUUCAUAGAACAUUUGACGGUUGUCUGCAGGCCUUGUGUAGCAUAUGGGUUCACAUUAAUGGCAGUGUUUAACUAUACACUAGUAUACACACUUUGAAUACAAUAUUUACAAUGAAAUCGAAAUUGUAUUCCUCUUCUAUUUGAAAUAAUAAAGCAUGAGCAAAUCUUUGA